AAACUCUUCACGUCAUGGCGGCGGUCAUCGAGCGGCGAAAAGAUGUGUCGCGAAGGUCGGCUGCCGUAAGUGUGUCGAACGAAACGAUGGCCAAGUUGGAGGAUGAUGUGAGAGUGUUGACGCGGACGACCGCACGACUCGAGGGCCAAGUGGAGACGCUGCAAGCGACGCUGUUGCUGUUGCCGCGUCGCCGGUACGACAGCGCAGCACUGCUGUGCAAGGAGUAUUGGAUGCUGUUUCACCACGGGUAUGCCGCCCACGACCGUGAACUUGCGGCAAAGCAAGCGAGGAUGUGUUACGCGGUCAUGUGCGAAGACGCCAUGAUUGGGAACCACAGCGUCGGUCCCGCGGGCAUGCUUCGGCAGUGGAUGCGGUGGGGGUCGUCGUUCCACAACUUUCGCAAAGAUUUACACAACAUCGACGUCAUCCACUGCGAGCCAACAUGCAUCGUUCGCAUGCGCGGCACGCUUUUCGUCCGCAUCAUGCGGCACACAAUCGAGCAAUUGUAUCCGCAUGUCCUGGCCAACGAACCGAUGGUGCAACUGGUCAUCGGCGUGGAACUGGCCGUGCCCUUGCAAGUGGAUUACAUCAUGGACACUCGUUGCAGUCGAAUACAACACGCGGUGGCCAGUGUGGACUUUGCCCAAGCGUUUCACGUUGCGCUGGGCAAUCUUCCCAUCACGAACGCCAUCAUCGCCCACAGCCUCAUCCAACCGUCGGGAGAAAUCCCAGUCACGUGCGGAUUAGAGAACCAAGAUAGUCGCUAGAAAGAGUAGUGUCCAGUCGAUGUUGUAUUCGUUGUCACAGCCUGAAGAGCCGCGAUUUACAGGGCCGGCUCGGAUGCCAUAUACCCCUUCCUGCUGUUGCUCGAACUAACUGUAAACACAGGCUCGUACGCAGCAAUGCUUGCACUGGAAGCUGCUAAAUGACCUACAACUAACACAUAGUUGG